UCGCGCGAAGCGGAUCGCCCUGCGGUAGCGGUCGUGCGAGUGUUGCGUGCGCGUGCCUGAUACCCGUGAUGUCGAAGGACAGCUCUCGGUUCAGCAGGCUGGGCGUACUGGCCCCGGCGGCGCUGUCGGCCUGCAUGGACGCCUCCGUGCUCGCCGUGCCCGCCGCCGGCGCCAUCGUCUCCACAGUCCUCAAGGAGCUCAGCAAAGCUUUCAUGCUUAAAAAGUGGUUCCACGGCAUAAUGUCGGCGAAGGAGGCGGAGCACCUGAUCAUGGAGAAGGGCAAGAACGGCUCGUUCCUGGUGCGCGAGUCGCGCGCGCACCCCGGCGAGUUCGUGCUGUCGGUGCGCGUGCGCGGCCGCGUCAGCCACGUCAUGAUCAGGAGACAGCACAACAAAUAUGACGUGGGCAGCGGAGAACAGUUCGACGACCUGGUGGGGCUGAUCGAGCACUUCCGCUCGUUCCCGAUGACGGAGACGUCUGGUGACGUGCUGCGCCUGCUGCAGCCCGUCAGCGGGACGCGGCUGCGCGCGCACCGCAUCGAAAGGAAGGUGCAUGAGAUGCAGGAGGUAGAGGAUUGUCCGAAGUUGGAAAGCAAGAACAGUUUCGAGAGCGAGUUUCUGACGCUGAAGAUGCUGGAGGAGCGGCACGUGUUCACCACGCACGAGGGUCUGCGGCCCGAGAACGCGCUGAAGAAUAGAUAUAGAAACAUAUUACCUUAUGACCAAACCCGCGUAGUGCUACGUGACUCCGACAAAGAGUCGGACUACAUCAACGCGAACUUCAUCAGAGCUUCGAGGAUCAGCGACUCCUCCAGCUCGGUGCAGUCGUCCAACGAGAGCCUCCAUAGUGUGCAAUCAUUAAUUUUAAGAAGUGAGACAAAGAAGCCUACCCCUCUCGUCUCCAAGUCCCUCUCAGAUGAUGCUCUGAGAGAGGUCAAAAUGGGCAUCAAAAUGGACAAACUCAAUGGAAAUUUUACCGGCGACAUAGUGAAAGACAAAGUGUAUAUUGCUGCUCAAGGCUGCCUACCAAAUACGAAGGAUGACUUUUGGCGAAUGAUUUGGCAGGAGGACGUGAGAAUCAUCGCCAUGAUCACCAAUGAGAUGGAAAAGGGGAAGAAAAAGUGCGAGCGCUACUGGCCUCUGUCGGGGCAGGAGGAGCGCCACGGCCACCUGACCGUGAAGUCCAUCUCGGAGACGCAGUACGAGGACUACCUGCUUCGCGAGUGGGACGCCUGCGCAGACGGCCAGGCCUGCAGGACCAUCUACCAGUACCAGUUCACGGCAUGGCCCGACCACGGCACGCCGUCAGAACCGGACGGGGUGCUCAACUUCAUUCGAGAUAUCAACAGAAGAAUGUACCAAAUCAGACAGGAUAAAAAUCCACCAGAGCAGAAUAUAUUAUGCGUGCACUGUUCAGCGGGUGUGGGCAGAACAGGCACCUUCAUAGUCCUGGAUAUGUUGAUCGACAAAAUUAAGACCUCUGGUUUCAACUGCGACAUCGACGUGCACGACGCGGUGCGGCUGGCGCGCGCGCAGCGUAGCGGGAUGGUGCAGAACAAACAGCAGUACAGGUUCAUCUACCUCGCGCUGCAGGACUACAUGGAGAACAAGAACUUGAAGAUCAAGAAGAAGGUGUACACGUCGGAAGCCUAACACAUCGUCGUCGCCAGUGAACCAAAGUGCAAUGAGACUGCAGUUAAUAAUUACCUAUAAUUAUCAUUAUUACCUACAUAAUGACUUCGUCAUACAUAUUUAUAAGUUUGAGUAUGCAGACCAGAGUCGCUGAAAUGCAUACCCGGUGUAGAUUCAGUCAUAAUAAUUAUAAUAAUAAGUUAAAGAUUAAUAUUUUAAAUAAAACUUGAAUAAUAUAAUUUA